AUGGACCAAAUUGACUGGAUCUGGCUCAUGCAGAUUGCGCCGCGGUGGUGGCAGAAUAUCUGCUUUCAUCUGGCGGCUUUCGGGCACGCGAUAGACGCAGAUCUGGUGGAUGAGGAAGAUAUCGAAUCGAUUCGGGAUUUCGCCCGCGCCAUGCCCACUAACUUGUCACUGGUUGAACAGGACGAUUUCUGCGGUCUCUUCUGUCACGCCUUGCACGGGCAGUACGAGAAUCGUAUCCCACUCAUGAUGCUCUUCAGAGACAACCUCUCCCAAUCCACAGAUCCUCUCAGCAAUGACCCCUCCCUCGAAAUCGUCCGGGAUUUCGCAAGCGAGGGAAUUGAUUACCUGGCGGACAUGGAUCGUAUCCAGACCGAGAUCGAAAAUUUCAGCGCCAACCUAGAGGCGACUCAAGAGGCGACUCAAGACCUGAAGGAUAUAUGGAUUGUGCGUUUCAAGUGGAGUAUUGACCAUUCGCGAGCAAACUUUCCUCAGAUUAUGGGACUUUUCCAAGGUUAUUUGGAGAGAGAGCCCACGGCGGUGCCACCAGAUUCAAGACUUCAUUUUGUGCAGUACACACAUCACUUGACCGCUCCAAUGUGGGAGCGCAUCUAUCAGGCACGACCGAACCUGAUUCCACAAGCGCAAUUUGCUCCGCCACUGGUAGAAGCGCGGGCGUUUGUCUGGGCUGUGGAGAUCCCUCCGUGGUUUGAGACCGCCAUGUACGUGGAACGAUUGUGGCCGGAGAGACGACUUCUGGAGAGUGAGGCAGCUCAAAGCUCACGCGCUCUCCUAGACGCUUGCGAUUAUGCAUAUGAUAUGCUCAAUCUGCAAGUUGCCACGAACGAUGUUACCGAGAGAGUUCAGUCCAUUAUCAACGAAUUCUUGCUUGAAGUACCCGCUGACAAUGCAGGGCGCAACGCUAUCGACCUCCUCAAUCAAAGCAUGGUGGAACUGAAGAGUAUGUAUUUCUUGCAAGAGCAAGACACUAGCGAUUUCUCCCUUGAGGAUGUGCUUGUCAUCCGUGAACGGCUUGAGAGGGAAGAAGGGAUGCUCGACCAAGUCCGAGCCCGCAACUUCCAAGCCGAGCGUUAUCUGUUGGCCAAGGAGGCCUCGAUGCUGGCCGAUGGCGAGAAUUUCUUGGCUGCCGCCUUGCGGUAUGAACGGUGCAAAUAUCGGGAGUUUUUCAGGUCGGCCGUCGCCACCUUGAAGACAGAACGACUGAAGGAGGUCGACUACACGGAGGACAUCCUCCACUCAUGGGAUGCUGGAGCAGAACCACUAGUUGUGCCGGCCCCCUUCGACGAAGACCAUACGAUAUGUCCCAUUUGCCAUGAGGAUCUCCCAGCCGAGCCAGUGGUGACGCGUUGUUGCCGGAGACCGUUCCAUACCCAAUGCUUGCUUUCUUGGCUCCUUCAACAGUUGCAUAGCGAGGAUAGCAUGACCUGCCCGCUGUGCAGAGCUGAGGUCAAUUAUGCCUCCCUUGCAGAUGUCUUGGAAACGGAGGUGAGACGAAUGGACAUUUUGUGA